GCCAAAUUGGCAGAACUCUAAAAGCAAAUAGCUAUGCGGAAAUCUAUAUUCUUCAUAUUUCUCCUUUCUGUUUUGCAUUCUUCUUUACUAGUGUCUUCAGUAGAUGUAUUUUUAGCCCCCAUAACCAAAGACAACUCCACAAAUCUAUAUUCUCUCUCAGUUUAUCUCAAAACUCCAUUGCAAGUCACAAAUUUACAUCUUGAUCUUGGUGGUUCAAUUAGUUGGGUUGAUUGUAGUCGUCGCUACAAAUCUUCCUCCUAUCAACACCUUCUCUAUAACACCUCGCUUUGUGAAUCUCUCUAUGGCAAGUGCUUCAAGAAACCCGCCCCGGGUUGUUUCAACGACUCGUGUGACUAUUUUUGCGAAAACUCAGUCACACGAAAUGUUUUUAUAGGGAACAUACUACUUGACUCACUCGCGUUAUCUAGCGCGGACGGCCGGAAUCCGAGUCGACUCAAGGUCAUCAAAGACUUUAUCUUUGCAUGCUCUGAUACAAAAAUACUCCGGGGACUCCCUAACGGAGCCACCGGCGUAGCCGCAUUGGGAAGAUUCAACUAUUCACUUCCAUUUCAGCUUAGCAGAGCUGGCUCUUCUUCGGCGGUGUUCGCCGUGUGCUUGCCGAGUUCCGCUGCUGCCGGUAACGGCGUUGCAUUUUUCAACUCCCUCGGACCUUACAACUUCCUGCCAGGAAUUGAUGUUUCAAAAUCAUUAAUUUACACUCCGCUGCUUCUAAAUCCAGUCGUUGGAACGGUGAUAUUUUACACACGCCCUUCCGACGAGUACUUCAUCGGAGUGAGUUCGAUCAAAAUCAACGGCAAAUCCGUGUCGUUGAACCAGACGCUACUGAAAAUCGACAUGGAGACUGGAUAUGGCGGGACGAAGAUUACAAACGGCAAUGUUCAAGGCGGUAACGGAGAGGUUUGUGGCGGAAGCGGAGGCGAUGAAUUUGACGGUGACAACUCCGGUGAAGCCAUUCGAGGUGUGUUUUCCGGCGAAGGCGAAGGCGAAGGCGAAGGCGAAGGCGAUUGCAUUCACGCGCGUUGGACCGGCAGUGCCCACUGUUGAUUUGGUUCUGCAGAAACCAGAUGUGUUUUGGAGGAUUUUGGGGUCUAAUUCGAUGGUUCGGGUUAAGGCCCAAAAUGUGGAUGUUUGGUGUUUGAGCUUUGUGGAUGGUGGGCCUGAGCCCAGGACUUCCAUUGUUAUUGGCGGGCAUCAAAUAGAGGAUAAUCUGCUACAGUUUGAUUUGGCCCAAAAGAGACUUGGGCUUAGUUCUUCACUCUUGUUCAAGAGCACCAAUUGUGCAAAUUUUGAUUUCGCUAGCAGGAACUAGUUAUGAUGUCUAUGUACAUUUUCCCAGUUUGGUUUUUUCAAUGAUUGUUUAAAUUGGAAAUCACAAAUGUUUGCU